GCCCGCCAGCUCGCCUGGGCCACGACUCAUGUCCCGCCGCAAGGCCGGCUGCACGCCCCGCCGAGUAGACCCCGCGCCCGCCGCCAACUCAGACGACGAGACGGAGAUGCGGGACCUAAUCAUCGAUGUGAAGCCUGAGCCGAACCUUUGGCCCUUGCAGGCCCUGGGGCUGGGUCCCUUCUCCCCAAAGGAAGUGCCCGCGCCGGGGCGGUUCGAGGGCGAACCCCGCCACUCCCCUGGCCCGGUGCCCGCCGGCGGCCCCCUCCACGCCUUCAGCGCGCGGAACCAGUGGGCGGCGUGGAUGCCUCUGAUCCCGAACCCUCACGGCCGCCAGCCGUGGACCGACAAACACCCAGAUAUGUUGACCUGCGGCCGCUGCUUGCAGACCUUCCCGCUGAAGGCCAUCACUACUUUCAUGGACCACAAGAAGCUGGGCUGUCAGCUCUAUAGGGGCACCAACCCUUGCCAGGGUUCAGAACUCGAGGACCUGAAGGCCUUGAUCUGCCUCCGUUGCGGCCGGCAGUUCGAGAGGGCCUGGAAGCUGCUCCGCCACGCCCAGUGGGACCAUGGAAUGGCCAUCUACCAGACAGAACCCGAGGCCCCGGAGACCCCGCUGCUGGGCCUGGCAGAGGUGGCCGCGGCCGUGUCUGCAGUGUCAGCAGUGUUGGGGCCAGAAGCAGAGGCCAAGAGCCCCCGGGCGAGCAGCCUUCCCCGGCGGAGCCCCACCUGCCCCGUUUGUAUGAAGACCCUCAGCUCCUUCAGCAACCUCAAGGUGCACAUGCGUUCACACACGGGCGAGCGGCCCUACGCCUGCGACCAGUGUCCCUACGCCUGCGCCCAGAGCAGCAAGCUCAACCGCCACAAGAAGACCCACCAGCAGCUGCUGCCCCAGAGCCCCGACAUGGCCAACGCCAGUGAGGAGCAGGCCUCCGCCGCCCCGCCAGAGCCAGCGGCCCAUGCUGCCGCCCCGGCCAGUGCCCUCUCGUGCAGCGGUGGGGAAGGGGCUGGAGCCGCCGCCACAGCAGGUGUGCAAGAACCUGGGGCUCCCGGUGGUGGGGCCCAAGUGGGCCCUGGUGGGGAUGGUUGGCAAGUCGCCGUCAAGGAAGAGAGAACGGACCCUGUCCAGAGCCCAAAAACGUCACCCAAGAAGACGCCAAAGCCGGUGGGCAAGAGCCGUGGGUCUGGGGGCAGCUGCGAGUUCUGCGGGAAGCACUUCGCCAACAGCAGCAACCUGACGGUGCACCGGCGCUCACACACCGGGGAGCGGCCCUACGCCUGCGAGCUGUGCCCCUACGCCUGCGCCCAGAGCAGCAAGCUCAACCGCCACCGCCGCAUGCACGGCCUGGGGCCCGGGGGUGCCCGCUUCGAGUGCCCCCACUGUCGCGUGCCCUUCGGCCUGCGGGCCACACUGGACAAACAUCAAGCUUCCUCCCCGGCUGGGGGUACGGGGGUUUGGGAGCCCCGCACCCACCAUACGGACAACAAUGAGGCCAGGUAA